CUUAAGCACAACUGAUAUUAUAUAUAUAUCCCAAUCUUUCUUUAAUUAGCCUUAUCCAUGGCUGUAAACAUUUUCUUUUCUUCAUCAUUCUUUUUCGUUAUAUUUAUCCUAUUCAUGACCAACGCGCUGUCUUUCCCGAUUCCGGCGAAUCAUUAUCAUCAAAUAAAUUUACCGAACGGAAUCGUUGGCCCAGAGAGUAUUGCUUUUGAUUGUACCGAAAAAGGACCGUACGUCGGUGUUUCCGAUGGGAGAAUCUUGAGAUGGGAAGAAUCUGCCGGAGACUGGGCUAAAUUUGCAAUCAUGACACAUAAUAGGAAUAGACAAUUGUGUGAUGGAAUAAGCGACGCUAGAAGGGAGCCGUUUUGUGGUCGACCACUUGGAUUAAAGUUUCAUCCAAAGACUUGUGAGUUAUAUAUAACAGAUGCUUAUUUCGGAUUGAUGAAAGUGGGACCCAAUGGCGGGACUGCUACCCAACUUGCAAAUUCAGCUCAAGGACAUCACUUCAUGUUUCUUAAUGAUCUAGACAUCAAUCCUAUUAAUGGAGUUGUCUAUUUUACCGAUAGUAGCAUUCGCUAUCAACGAAGGGAUUACUCGGCGAUAAUUUCUAGUGGAGAUAGUACAGGAAGACUGUUAAAAUUUGACCCCAAUACCAAACAAAACAAGAACUCCAAGUGUCUUUGCAAGGGUCGACAGGUUUGCUGAUAACAUCAGAAGGAAUGGUGAAGGAGAUUAUUGGGUUGCACUAAACACAGCAAGAGAAGGAUACACUGAACCGGUGGAUUUGAAGUUUGAUGAAAGUGGUAGAGUGAUUCAAAUCGUGAACGGUGAUAUUGGAAAUACUCUAGAGUUUGUCAGCCACGUUGAAGAACACAAUGGAAGAAUGUGGUUUGGAUCUCCGAGACAACCAUAUGUUGGCACUACUAUUAGAGUUUAGAUUUUAUUAAUUAGUUAAAUCGGUAUUUGU